AUGCCAGCUAAAAAUCUUGCAAUAUGUCUUUCUCCCUGUUUACUCUUUUGUGAAAAGACUGAAUUGGUCGACUGUGGGUACGCCACUAUUGCAAUAGAGGAAAUCAUCAAUGGAUUUGAGUUUGUGUUCGACACAAGCAAUGAAGUGUUUUCUAAAGAGAAAUACAAAGAAGUAUUUGGGAGGAAAAUAUUGAGAGCAUCUGAUGAUAACAAACUGAGUGAUUUUCUUAACACACCAAUUCAAAGUCCACGAUCUUUACAAAGUCCAAGGGAAAAGUUUUUUGAAAAGGAGGAAAAUACUAUGUUAUCAAAAAGUUCUAAAAAGACGAAAAAGGUUAAUACAUUCUCUAAAUUGUCACAGAUCGAUUUCGAUGAAGAGAAAGAGAAAAAUAAAAACAAGAACAGAUUCUCAAAGAACAUUCACAAGUUUGUGAAGUACAGAGAAAAGGAGAAAACAUAUCGAACAUCAAAAACAGCAGAACAGAAUGAAAAAUUAAAAAAGGAAAUUCUGGAGUUCCAUAAAAAGUGUCAAGUCCAAAAAGUCGAUAGCCCAAGAGAGUUACUCAAACAUACCGAAUCAAAUGAAGAAGUGUUGAUUGAAAAACCAGAAUUGUUCGACACAUUUGAGGCACCAUCCCCUCUUAAAAGUUCACCUGAAAUUGGAAAACGACCUAAAAGAGAAAAGAUUGAAAAAAACAAAUUUAAGGUUGUCGUGUAA